AUGCCCACUCCCUCCACAGCCCCACAGCUCCGUCGUCUCGCCCUCCACCUGCCCCUGCCCCUGCUGGUCACCUGGCUUUACCUCGCUCAACUUUGGAAAUGCCUCGCACCUUCAUUUUCAACUGAUUACAUUCUGGCGGUGGAGACUUACCAAUCCAUUCUGCGGUACGAGCCAGAGCAGAGAGUGCAGCUCCUCAGCGCCAUCGGCCGCAUCUUCCUCCAGAUCGGAGACGUUAAAGCUGCAGAAAAGUAUUUUCAGGACGUGGAGAAAAACAGUCAGAUGGAAGAAAACUCACCCUGUCACAACACAUGCAUCCUGAUGAACAGAGCCUUUUCCUUCCUCAGUCAGAAUAAUUACACUGACGCUCACUCCUCCUUCACUGAAGUCCUGCAGACGGACCCCAAGAACCCUGUGAGGAAACAGAGAAUCCAGUCUCACUCCAGUCUCACUCCAGUCUCACUCUCGCCUCACCCCUGUCUCACGCUCGCCUCACUCCUGUCUCACUCUCGCCUCACCCCUGUCUCACUCUCGCCUCACCCCUGUCUCACUCUCGCCUCAUCCCUGUCUCACUCUCGCCUCACUCCUGUCUCACUCUCGCCUCACCCCUGUCUCACUCUCGCCUCACCCCUGUCUCACUCUCGCCUCAUCCCUGUCUCACUAUCGCCUCACUCCAGUCUCACUCUCGCCUCACCCCUGUCUCACUCUCGCCUCAUCCCUGUCUCACUAUCGCCUCACUCCAGUCUCACUCUCGCCUCACUCCAGUCUCACUCUCGCCUCACCCCUGUCUCACUCUUGCCUCACUCCUGUCUCACUCUCGCCUCACCCCUGUAUCACUCUCGUCUCAUCCCAGUCUCACUCUCGCCUCACUCCAGUCUCACUCUCGCCUCACCCCUGUCUCACUCUCGCCUCAUCCCUGUCUCACUAUCGCCUCACCCCUGUCUCACUCUCGCCUCACCCCUGUCUCACUCUCGCCUCACCCCUGUCUCACUCUCGCCUCAUCCCUGUCUCACUAUCGCCUCACUCCAGUCUCACUCUCGCCUCACCCCUGUCUCACUCUUGCCUCACUCCUGUCUCACUCUCGCCUCACCCCUGUAUCACUCUCGUCUCAUCCCAGUCUCACUCUCGCCUCACUCCAGUCUCACUCUCGCCUCACCCCUGUAUCACUCUCGUCUCAUCCCAGUCUCACUCUCGCCUCACUCCAGUCUCACUCUCGCCUCACCCCUGUAUCACUCUCGUCUCAUCCCAGUCUCACUCUCGCCUCACUCCAGUCUCACUCUCGCCUCACCCUUGUCUCACUCCACGUGGGUGUGGUUGCAGGCGAACAACAAUGCCGCCGUGUGCCUGCUGUAUCUGGGUCGUCUGAAGGAGUCCCUGGGGCAGCUGGAGGGCCUGGUGCAGCAGGACCCGGCUCAGUACCUCCACGAGAGCGUUCUCUUCAACCUCACCACGAUGUACGAGCUGGAGUCGUCCCGCAGCACGCAGAAGAAGCAGGCGCUGCUGGAGGCGGUGGCGGGCCGCGAGGGAGACAGCUUCAACACGCAAUGCCUCAAACUGGUCUGA